UGCACAAUGCAGACUGGUUGCACACCAUGGCCGAGCAGAGUCCGUGGUGGCAUGCCGUUCCACGUGUCGGGUCUGAUCAGCGCCGGACCGUAUCCGUCCGACGGGGACCGUUGGGGAUUCGUUCGACCGUCACCUCCAGCGUUUAUCGUCCGACCACCACCACCACCACCACCACCACUAACCACAACGUCGUCCCAGGUAUGUUCUCAAGACUCGAAGCGGCCCAUGUUAUUGGAUGUUGUGUGUUUGGCUGUUAUAAAAGAGAUGAAAGACUUGAACCUCUGGGUUGAAAGCUGUGCGCACUCAGGCACUGCCAUGGAAACCGACCAUAAACUGCCGAACCUGGGCCGCUUGGGCCUCUUUUUUUUAUCAGACGAUGUACGCUGUAAGAACAUCGAAGCAGCCCUACAAGCAGGCGAACGGGGGGAGGGACAAAGCAGUCGGUGGAACCCGGUGGCAGAUGCCCCUGUGUAGGUAGUGUAGUGACUAUAGUACAAGUCUAAACUUGGUGAGGGG